ACGAUUUGCUGGAUCCGCAGACGCCCCCACGGACCUUCGACCAGGACACCCCGCCGCACGGACCGCCUGCCCCCCCUUCCCCGCGCCCCGCCCCCGCGCCAGUGAAUCCCCCUGCUGCCCUCCCCGCGGACCUAGCCCCCACAGCAGGCCAUGAAAAUCAAAGAAAUCCACAGCACAGCCACAUUUGCGUGGAGCGCCGACGUGGUGCCGCUCUUGGCGACCGGCUCGGCCGCGGGCGCGGUCGACGCGGCGUUCUCGUCCGCGGCCUCGCUCGAGAUCUGGGACGUGUCGGGCCCGCUGGACGCCCCCCUCUUUGCCGCCAGCGUGGACCACAAGUUCCGCGCGUUGGCCUGGCUGCCGCCGUUCGCCGCCCACGCGCGCGGCGUGUUGGUCGGCGCGCUCGACUCCGGCGCCGUGCUCUUCUGGGACGCGGCCACGCUUCUAGGCGGCGCGCCGUUGGCCGCGGCCAGCAUCCACGCCUCCGACCGCCUCCUGGGCGCCGCGCGGUGCUUGCUGUUCAACCCGCACCAGCCGCACGUGAUGGCGUCCGGCGGGCUGCAUGGCGAGCUCCUCGUGUGGGACUUGCUCACGUUCGCGCCGCCCGUGGCCCCGGGCAAGCCCACCGCGCCCAUGGACGAGAUCCUGUGCGUGGCCUGGAACAACGCCGUGGGCCACAUCUUGGCCUCCACCAGCAGCGCCGGCUACACCAGCAUCUGGGACUUGAACGCGCGCCGCGAGGUCUUGCACUUGACCUACGCCGGCGCGUCCGGCCGCGCCGACUUCUCGCACGUGGCGUGGCACCCGACGCAGCUGACCAAGUUGAUCACCGCCAGCCAGAGCGACGCGUGCCCGUGGCUCAUGGCAUGGGACUUGCGCAACGCCAGCGAGCCCGAGGCCGUGUUGCGCGGCCACACCAAGGGCGUGUUGGCCCUCGACUGGUGCGCCCAGGACCCGGCCUUGUUGCUCUCCGCGGGCAAGGACAACCGCACGCGCUUGUGGAACCCGCUCUCGGGCGCGCACUUGGCCGACUACCCGGCCGCAGGCAACUGGGCCUUCUUGACGCGCUUCGCGCCGCGCGCGCCCGACGUGUUUGCCACCGCGUCGUUCGACGGCAAGGUCGUGGUGCGGACGUCGCAGGAGACGGCCGCCCCGCCGCCCGACCGUGCUGCCGCGGCCUCCGACGACGACUUCUGGGGCGCCAUCGCCGCCGAAGAGCCCUCCCGUGCCGUCGUCGAACUCUCCCAGGCGCCCGGCUGGUUGAAGCGACCCUGCACCGCCUCCUUUGGCUUUGGCCUGAAGCUCGUUUCCGUCUCCACCAGCCAGGGCAAGUCCGCCGUGAGCGUCUCGCCGCUCCCCACCGCCAACGCCGAGCACGGCUUCUCCAAGGCCUUGGCCUCGGCCAUCUCGACGAACGAUUUCCGCGCCCUUCUCGCCGCUCGCUUGGAGUCGCCCACGUGCGAUGCCGCCGACUGGGAGGUCUUGCUGGAGUUGCAGAAGCGGGGCAAGAGCCACUUCUUGCAGGCUUUUCUCGAAGAAGACUGCGACGGCCCGGCGUCACCGCCGGAGAAGCCGGCCGACGACUUCGUCUCGACCCCCGCGGACAACGAGGACUCCUUCUUCGCCAGCUUGUCGAAGGACUUCCAGACCCAGAAGACGCUGGACCAGAAGCCCCCUUACGUUCCGGCCGGCCAGUUCAAAAUCAUCGACGAGCUGCUGUCAUCCGGCGACUCGCGCUUGACGAAGCUUUUGUUGGCCAACAACAUCACCGACGCUGUGUCUGUUUGCUUGGAAGAGGGAAAGCUCAUGGAAGCCUUGGUCUUGGCAUUGAACCAGGACGACAACGUCAAGAGGAAGGUCAAGAGCCACUUCUUUGAGCAAACUAAAGACGGCGUGCUCUCGCGCUUGAUCUACUCGGCGUCCUCCAAGGACAUUGUGGACAUCGUCUCCAACGCAGACAUCUCGAACUGGAAGGAGAUCGCUGCCAGCAUCGCCAGCUACUGCACGGAGGAAGCUGACUUCAACUCGAAAGUUGUGGAGUUGGGCGAUCGCAUUCUUGCCAGUGGCACCAGUGACAACGAGAAAAGAAGAAAUGCCUUGAUGUGCUACUUGGCUGGAAACGCCUUGGACAAGGUCUCUUCUAUCUGGCUCACAGGGUUGCCAGAUCUAGAGCACCUGAUCUUAACUUCCAAAAAUGCCAAUAUCUCCUCUCCUCACGAUGCCAGAUAUCUCGCGUUGGCAGGCUUUGUCGAAAAGAUCUCCGUCUACAGGUCGCUUUCCAAUAUCACAGGCCCACUUGCAGGCCCCUCCAUAGAGCCGGUGUGCAAAGCCGUCUUUGACUUCGCCAACAUGGCUGCUGCAAAUGGAGAUUUCGAGCUCGCUACUCAGUACUUGAGUCUCUUGCCAGAUGAUUUCGCGGGCUUGAAACUGGAGAAGGAGCGUAUUGUCAAAGCUACUUCCAUGGCUCCCGACCCUGUUCGCCAGAGUACAGGCAGUGGUAUUCCAAAAUCCCAAAACCGUUACAUCAACACGAGGGCUGCGUCUAACGUCCCCCCACAGCCGCCUUUUGCAAAGCCUGCUGCCGCCGGAAGACCAUAUCUGCAAGCGGCUCCUGCGAUGAGCAAUCCACUGCUUGGCACAGCACAGGCAUUUGCCCCAGCAGCUGCCCCGACAUUUGCAGCACCCGCAAACCCAUAUGUGCCAGCAGGUGCUGAGAAGCGCGGGUCCUUUGGUGGCUACAACUUCACUCCGCAGAACAAUACGUUGGGGAUUUCAUCAUCCCCGUCGGUGGUCCCGCCUCCAGGCCAGAUUCGUCCACCAUCAACGCCUGCUUUCACUCAAACAUUGCAACCGACACAGGGAGCUCAGACUGCUGUGGCUCCUCCGUCAAGUACGGGCUCAAAAUACAAGCCAGAGACUGAAGGCUGGAAUGAUUUGCCCGAGACGUUCAAAGCUUCCAAGCCAGUCUCUCGUCGUGUCCCCGCCCCAUCGCCAUCUCUUUCUGUCACACAGACUCCUCAAACCCAGCCACCAAAAAGACCUCAAGCAUCACACUCAAUUGCCCCUCCUCCAAAAGCUGGAAGCCGUUCUGUGUCGAAGACUUCUGUUCCGGGUACUCCAAGGAUAGCGAGCUCACCCAGACCCAGUAAGUACGCUCCUACCAUUCCGCCAUCACCUGCCUUGCAGCCAAAUGGAAUGAACCUGACCAACAUGUCUAGUCCAAUUGCGCCUCCAAAGGCAAGUGCACCCCCCAUAAACCCAUAUGCCCCAGCAGUGGUACCUUCGGCCAAAACGACCUACGCUACACCCCCUAUGAACAAUUUUGUUGCACCUCCCACUGCUGGUAUUUCCAGGAAUGCGACUCAAAUCGUCAACCCUUACUCGCCAAACGCCAGGCAGGGCCUGAGAAGUGUUUCGAACGGGUCGAUAGGGGGCCCAACAUCACAAGGCAUUGUACCUCCAAUGCCGAGAAUUCCUUCUGCUUCCGCUCGCCAAACCCCAGUCAAGCCGGCUGAAUCCCAUUUUGCUCCGCCUCAGAAAUUGGGAAAUGGUAGAUACUCUUCGCCUCAGGUGGGCCACUCGAACGGAAAUGGAACUUUUGCACCACCUCCGGUAGCUCCAAUCAGUAAUAUUGCAUCUCCGGUUGCUCCUACCAGUCAUGUUGCGCCACCCCCGGCUGCUCUGGUCAGUAGUGUUGCACCACCUCCGGUUGCUCCGACCAGCCAUAUUGCACCACCUCCAAUUGGUUUGGGCAGUAAUGUGGCGCCACCUUCUUCAUCCGGAAGUCGUCAAGCGGUGCCACCCCCCAUGGCUGUGUCGGGAAAUGCCGCACAGCCUCCCGCUGCUACUCCCCCAACUGCGAACAAGGAAGGGAAUCCGAAGGACCCAAACAACGAGGCUAGAGAGUUCAUCAAGUCUUCAUUUGGCACUAUUUUGGGCCAGAUCAAACCAGCUGCACCACCAAAGUAUGCAAAACAUGUUUUGGAUAUGGAGAAGAGGCUUGGAAUAUUGUUUGACCAUUUGAGUCGGCAAACCCUCUUAUCUGCUCAAACUAUUGAGUUGUUGAACGACGUGGCGAAGUCCUUGAAUGACAAAGACUAUCCAAAGGCCACUGCUUCUCAUCAAAGAAUUGGACAGGAGUAUUCCGCUGAGGCCGGUGAUUGGCACACCGGCGUGAAGCGCCUUGUGACCAUGGCCGAGGCAUUUGAGAUCUAGAACAACAGUAUUGCCAAUGGCACAUCAUCCGGAGCCAUCAGAGAAGGCUAUUGAAGACCUGGAAAAAGCUACUCGCGAGGUAGAUACGAAGAAUGUUGAUAUAAUACACAC